AUGCCUCGCGCUGCUGGUUCAUCCAAGAAAGCAUCGAAAGAUCCAAAUGCACCUAAGCGACCAUUGUCUGCAUUUUUCCUUUUUUCACAAGAUGAACGGCCAGACAUAAAGAAGAAGAGUCCAUCAUUAUCCGUUGGUGAUAUUUCCAAAGAAAUCGGUUCAAGAUGGAAAAAAGUCAGUGACGACGUUCGCAAACGCUAUGAACAAAAAGCUGCUGAUGAGAAAAAGAAGUAUGAAGUGCGCGUUGCUGAAUACAAGAAAAGUGGUGGUGGUGCUAGCAGUUCACCAGCCAAAGGUGGCAAAGCCACCGCUAGAGGCGGUGGCAAAAAGGCUGCGCCAGCUAAAGGUGGUAAGAAGAAAGCCGCAUCGAAAGCCAAAUCAUCCGACGAAGAAGACGACGAUGAUGAUGAUGACGACGAUGAAGAAUAA